GUCCCGUUUCUUGCGCGACCACGAGGGCGAGAAUGCUUCCAUAUGGCAGAAAAUACAUUUUUUCUAUCCCUAAUUGGACUGGAAAAUGUAAACAAUUUCAACGAGCUUCUGCGUCAUCUUUUCUCAAAUGGCCCAACCCGUUUGGCUUAAAAAAGGAUGAUCAACUGGAACAAACGACUGCACUUAAACAAGGAACGCCUGGUACAUCUGAAUACUACGUCCCUCGAAAAUUCGUUCCUAUGACAAGAAAAGCGCUUAUAAGGCGAAUAGUAGAAGACGAGAACCUGAUAAACUCGAAUGACAGAAGUUACUUUCAAAAUCUUGCAGUUAACUUGGACAAUGCCAUUGCUGGGACGUUUCACGGAGUUCUUGGGGAGUUGAAGGUAAGUCACCGCUGUUGUUACCAUCCGCAAGAAAAUCAGAAGCAAAGAUACGUCGUAAUAAAUGAUUGGUUGAACUUAGGAAGUUAGAAGAAGAAACAUGACAAAUUUCAAUUCGUCAAGGCCACAUAAGGUAGCAACGUCGAGUAAUCGGCAGAGACGAGCCCCUUCUGCUGGGGACCUGCAUUGAGCAACUAGCACCCUACAAACUAACCCUUCAAAAUACCUUUAUGCCUUGAUUUCCAAAACCUUUUCCUGUCCAAAAUAAAUGAUGACCUAACUCUGCACAGUGGAAAAAGUCUCUGGGAUUACCUUGUAGGAUACAUCACAUUCACAUAUGGUUUGACCCUCUUUUGAUAGAGAGUGGUAAACUAUUGGAGCAAGCUCCUUAUCAAGGAAGCAGGACAAUGAAUCAAGAGUAGGAGCAAAAAGGAGGUUAUCUAAUGCUGUUUUUACCUCUAAAAUAAUUAUUUACACUUGUCACUUUAUUACGCCCACCCUAUUUUUUUCUAUUAAAAUUUUGCCAUUAAUUUAAUUAAUUGUCAAGGUACAAGUGUAAAGACUAAAGUUGGUGAGGAAGUCACAAUGCUUUCACAUGAGUUUUUUUUUUUUUUUUUUUUUUUUUAAGUCAUACCAUUACUAAUGAAAGUUAAAAGAAAAACAAACUAAAAACAAUUUUUUUCUUCUUAAGGCUUUGUAUGAUCCUUUGAACCCUGACAAAGAGACCUUAACGCUCCAUAAAACUUCCAAGAAGGAAAGACUUGACAAUGAAUUCUGGCUACUGGAAAAGUUAUCUCAACUGUUAGAAAAGGCUCACUUUUAUGAGUUACCUGUUGAAGAUGUGCGCAGUGCCUUAAAAGAACAUGAUGCCGGAGACGGUGUACUUGUCAGUGUUGACCCAAAGAAAUAUGAUGUUCUGCGGGUGUGGGUUGUUGGAAAAGAGUUUGAACCUGACAACACAGGUCGAUGGUACUCCAGAGUUGCCGGUAGAGUUGUUAAAAGGUUUAAACCACCAAUAAAGGCUGAGAGAUACAAGAGGGUGGUUAUUGCCAUUCGUGCUAAAAAGCAGAGUAAACUAAUGCUUAAGUCCUUCAAGGACAUUCGAUGUGCCAAUCUGGAGCAGUUACUUCCAGAAGGAAAAAUAAGGAUGACAAAGUUUGAUCAACGAGUAUUGGCAGCAACUUUGACAAUUGGUGCAGCAAGUGUAGUGAUAAAGCUUGUUUCUUUCCUGGCUGAUUACAAGAUAUCAUGGAUUUAUAUUGCCAUAUCUGUGGCAGGAGUUGUGGCUGCAAGAGCAUGGACGAUUUACAAAAACAAAAGGAAUUCUUAUCUUGUGCGCUUGUCACAGACCCUCUACUUUAAGGCCAUUGCAAACAAUCGUGCCUUAUUUACUUUGCUGGCUGACAGAGCUGAAGAUGAGGUGUUUAAGGGAACCCUUUUGGCAUACAGCUUCCUUCAAGCUCCUUUAAACUUAUCAGGUACUUUAGGGAAUAUUUAAUUUUUAUUCAAAUUGGCUAGGUUGUUCUGAACUUAAUUAUAUCAGUUCUUGAAAUUUGAUUCACAAAUUGUGCAUAAUGAAUACCUCUUGCUGUCUAAAUGUGAGCUCCUUACUGCAAGUUAUGGACUGAGUUUUUUUCUUUUGGAUUUAUGUUUUGAAUCAGCUAGCUCAGUCAGUUCCCUUUCUUUUGCCUCCUGACAGCCCCUCUUUCAUUAAUUUCAACAUUUGGCAUGGGAAAGCUUUGGUAUACUUUCCUUGCCUGCUCUCAGUCUUUCUUUAACCCUUUCAAGCCUUAAGAGUGACCAGUAUUUAAUUCUCCUUACAUCAAUACUGCCUAAUCAUUUACUAAGGUCAUGAGAGUAACAGAAUUGAUCUCUGACUGAAACUGGUGAACUGGUUUAUCUUUAUACCUCUCUGUAAAUAACUUUGUCUAGGUGGUGGUCACAGAACUGGGUUGCACUCUGAAGGAAUGACAGUUGGUGAGCUGAAGCAGCAUGUAGAGGAUUGGAUGAAUCUCAAGUUUCAAGUGACACUGAAAUAUGAUCCAUUAGAACCUUUAAAACAACUGGAGAACUUAGGACUUCUUGUCACAAAACAGAGAGGUACAUGACUAUGAUUACUUCAUUGAUUCAUGGCCUGCAUCAGGAUUUUGAAUUAUGGUUUGCAACAGAGUUCAUAUAUGUGAUUGUGUGAUCAUUUAUAUUUCCAUCUUUUCUUGUCCUUUUUUGUGCUUCCAUGUCAAAUUUGUUCUUUAAAAUCAAUCUCUGGCCAUUUCAGACUAAUUCUCCAGCCCAGACUGAAAUGUCUAUUACUUUCUAAGACCUGCACAAACUCUCAAAUACACCAUGUGAAGUAACAUUUCCUUCAAGAGGUCAAUAAUUAACUUUUCGAUGAAAAUGUCAUAAAAGAUCCAAGAUGAAAAGUUGACAAGAUUUUAAUGACAGCUGUGCUCAUUCCUUUACCUAGGUGAUCAACAGAUACUCAGCGUGCCAACUGUAUUUGAUGCAUUUAUGAAACUACCAAGUCCAAAAGCGCUCAUGAAGGAAGCCCUGGAGAGAACAGGAGAGCUGGACGUGGAUUUAACUGAGGCAACAACUGAAGAAGAAUUAGAGCAGAUACAAGACAAGCAGAGAGAAGAACUAGAGCAAAAGAAAAUGAUUUGGGAGUGACCAAGCAUGUUGAUCACAGAAUAUAGAGAAAACUAUUUCUGUCCUGUGGUUACAGAGGGACAACUGACUCUGACUACAUUCUCACUUGAUUUAUGGCUCAAAUUGGCUAAAGCAUCAGCAGUUAUGAUGUUCAACUCCUUAAUUCCUAUUGAGUGUCCAAGGUAAAGCAGAAUUGGUUUGGUUUUGCUUCAUGGCACUCUAUGUUCAGUCUUAAGAACUUGCUUCCAUUCAGAUGCAGAACUAAAGCUUAUCACUGCUUGAUCCCCCACAUUUUCCUGAGUGUGCCUCAUGCAUUUUGCUUGUUUUUACUUUAACCCUUUAACUCCCAGAGGUGAUUAACAUCUAACUUCUCCCUUUAAUGUCCAUACUCUCUCCAGCAAACGGCUGACGAGAAUACUCAAACUUAUCAGGUAGAAGUUGUUGUCUUGAUCUAACAGUGAAUUCUUGUAGCUAAUUUACUAGGAAAUAUAUAGCAGCUGAAGGAGAGAAUUGACAAUCAGACAUUGAGAGUUACUGGGUUAAGUUAUUAUUGCCUCCUUGUGAUAUUUUGCUUUCUUCUGAUCAGCCACUGUGAAUAAUCUGGUUUUCGUUGUCAGACACUCAAUUGAAAUAAGCUUCAAAAUGUAUACCAUAUUAUCAAAGCCUAAAGUGGAUGGUCCUCUCAAAUCUUUUAACACAAAAAUUCAAUUUGUAAAUAGGGCUUAAAGGGUAAAACCUCAUCAGAUAUAAUUUUUCGAUUGUCAUCAAUUUCUUAACAGAAUUGUAGCUUUUUCUUUAUGAUGUAAGAUUUGUUUUUAAUAAGGUG